CUGCCAAGAUACUCUGCAAGGAAGGAAGGACUGUAUGAUGAGUCCAUGCUGACAGACACGAGUGUGCAUAGUAUAUGAGGGUUCCCUUGUGCAAUACGUAGACAUGAGUGAGGGAGAAGAACACAAACUUUUCUCCUCAAACUUCAUUACGGCCCCCUGCUGCCUGCAACCUUCCCUGCCAGGCUGUCAGUCAGAGUCCCCCUCCCCUCCUUUCCCCCUGAUAGCCCCAUCUCUCUCCUCCUCCUCUUCCCCCGGGCACACACAUCAGCCCUCCCCGCCUGCUCUCCUCUCUGUCUCCCCCUCCUCUGACACGUCCAUCCCGGUGCUUAAACAUGGCCCAUGCUGCUGUGCUGCUGCUUCUCCUGCCGGGCCUGCUGCUGCUGCUGGCAGCCGGGCAGGAGAACGCUGCUCCCUCUUCUCCUUCCCUAGUCAUCGCUAUGCUUGCUCGCAAUGCAGCUCAUUCCCUGCCCUACAGCCUGGGGGCGCUAGAGAGGAUGAACUUCCCUAAAGAGAGGACCUCCAUCUGGUGUGUAACUGACCAUAAUGAAGAUGCAACACUUGAUGUACUGCAGAAGUGGCUGGAAUCGGUGCGGCCGUUAUAUAAUUCAGUGGUGUGGAAAGCACAGGAGAGGCCCAGGUGGUAUGCCGAGGAGAUUGGCCCAAAACAGUGGCCCAAGGAACGCUAUGAGCACCUCAUGAAGCUACGACAGGAGGCACUGAACUAUGCCAGGGAGAGCAAAGCCGACUAUAUCCUGUACACGGACGCAGAUAACAUCCUGACCAAUGACAAUACAGUGCAGUUGCUGAUGGCAGAGAAUAAGACCUUGGCAGCGCCCAUGUUGGACUCACAGACAGGAUUCUCAAACUUCUGGUGUGGAAUAACCCCCCAGGGAUUUUAUCGCCGAACACCUGAUUAUUACCCCACAAGGAACCGUCAGCGCACUGGCUGCUUUCCAGUACCCAUGGUCCACUCCACCUUUCUCCUGGACCUGCGGAAGGAAGAGAGUCACAAACUGGCUUUUUACCCCCCUCAUCCUCUUUACACCUGGACUUUAGACGAUAUCAUUGUGUUUGCAUACUCCUGCUUGGCAUCAGGAGUACAGGCUUUCGUGUGUAACAGUCAACGCUAUGGUUAUAUCAAUGUUCCAGCACAGCCGCAGCAAAGCCUGGAAGAUGACAAGCUGAAUUUUGUGCACCUUUUAUUGGAAGCAAUGGUGGACGGUUUUCCUUUCAUUUCUUCUCAGUACAUAUUCCCGCUGCAGAAGCAUCCAGACAAAAUGGGGUUUGAUGAGAUAUUUCUGAUUAAUCUGCUGCGUCGCCCUGAGAAACGAAAGAGAAUGCUCCGCUCUCUUUAUGAACAGGAGAUAUCGUGCAACGUGUUGGAUGCUGUGGAUGGAGGGGCUCUGAACAGCAGUGCCAUCAAGCGUCUGGGUGUGAAUCUGCUGACGGGAUUCUAUGACCCGUUCUCCGGUCGGACCCUCACUAAAGGGGAGGUGGGCUGCUUCCUGAGCCAUUAUAAAAUCUGGAAAGAGAUUGUAGAUCGCCAGCUGGAUGUGACCCUGGUGUUCGAAGACGACGUACGGUUUGAGUCCUUUUUCAAGCGAAAGAUGAUCCGCCUCCUGGAUGACAUCCGAACGGCUCAGCUGGACUGGGACUUGAUAUACAUAGGACGUAAACAGGUGACCGCAGAUCCUGAGAGGCCGGUGGAGAAUGUGUGGAACCUGCUGGAAGCAAAUUACUCCUAUUGGACCCUUUGUUACAUGAUCUCCUUGCAGGGGGCCCAGAAACUGCUGAAUGCUGACCCCCUUACCAAGAUGCUACCUGUAGAUGAGUUCCUACCCAUUAUGGCAGACACACACCCAAACGAGGAAUACAAAAGUCAUUUUGGCAGUCGGGACCUGAAGGUGUUCUCUGUUCAUCCUCUUCUGGUUUACCCCACACAUUACACCGGAGAGCCAAGCUGGCUGAGUGACACAGAGACGUCCACCCUCUGGGAUGAUGACAACGUACGGACAGAUUGGAGUGGAUCACAGAAGACCCUGAAAGACACGCGGAGGAAUGUACCUGUUGGGCUGCGCUCCACAUUGCGGGAUGAGUUGUGAUCUACAGUCCUACGAUGAAGAGAAACCUUAGGUGACAAGCAGUCACAUACCAUGGAGCCUGAAUAUGGGAAUGAAAGAAGAGAGGCGUGGAAGUGCGCGGUUCACAAUGUCUCUCUCCUUUUGCGCCUUGUUAUCUGUCCUUCAUGCAGUCAUGUAGAUAUGGAAAGAUAUCAUAUUUUAUACCCUUCUGUUGACAUUGUUUCCAAAACCUUUUAUACAGAACAAACUCUUAUUGGACUAUCAGACGGUGAACAUUUUUCAUAUCGUUUAUGGUGUGUUUUUAUUUUAAAUUGUCUAAAAGGGAAUUUAAUGUAUUUUUUUUCUACUCUUAAAAACACUAUUAUAUGACAGUUAUAACCAGAAUGUGUAUUUAUGAAUCGCCAAUGAGAUUGACUAAUGUCUGUCUGUGUCACUUGGUGACGGGUUGUUGGUAACUUGUGCCUUGUUUCUAGCAACACUUUGGGGGUCAUUCCGAGUUGAUAGCAUGCUGCAACUUUUUGCUUGCCGUGCGAUCAGAUAGAUGCCGCCUAUGGGGAGGGGUUUUUUGCAUAAUAAGGGUGCAAUGGCUUGUGCCGCCGAGCUAUGCAAAAACAUUUUGUGCAGUUUCUGAGUAGCUUCUGACUUACUCACCCACUGCGAUCUCUUCAGCCUGUCAGGUCCCGGAAUUGACGUCAGACACCGCCCUGCAAACACCUCGACACGCCUGCAUUCACCUCACCACUCCCUGAAAACGGUCAGUUGACACCCAGAUCUGUCUUCUGCCUGUCAAUCUUCUAGCAUUCGCCGCUGCAAACACUUCUGUCGUUGCUCUGGUCGCUGCCUGGCGACGGACAACGACGCGCAUGUGCAUUGGGGCCCGUGCGCAGCCGCAGUUCAGACCCGUUCGCACGGCUGCGAAAAAAAGCAGCAUGCGAACGGGUCGGAAUGACCCCCUUUGUUACUUGUAUGGGAAUUCAGUUUCCAGCGGGAAAUUUGAAAUCCGCGUGGUGUGGGGUUUUGCUAUUCAAUUAAACUAGAUAAAUCGGGAUGCAGUGAUUUCUAUAGAAAUCACUGCAUCUUUUUUCUAGCACCUCUAGAGCAAGUCUAAUUUUUCCUAAAAUCUGUAAUUUUAGGAGAAAUCGCCAGGACUGGCUCUGGCAGCCAAACACCCUCCCACCCACACGAGGAUUAGUUAAGCAAUUGGAAGUUGCCAAUUACCUUAAUUAGGCUGUAAUUAUCCACCUUCCAAAGCAGUGUCUUCUUCAUCCAGCGUCAGGAGCCGGUUCUUCUGCAGCAGCGGUGAGUAUGAAGUGUCUAUAAGUGAGUGUGUAAGACUCCCGUUGUCAGUGUCAUCCACCUCGGAAUGCUGAAAACCCUGCAACCAUUUCUUUAAAUUGGAUACCAGUGGUAUCAGGAGUGUGCAUACUCAUUGUAAUCCAAAACUGGGCACGAGGUAAGCAAGGUUUUUAACGUCACUAAACCUCGCACACAAUUGAAUCCCCCCCAUGGUGUACAUAUUUACAUAUACCUGCCCUUAAUUUUUUCCUGGCUGUGGGCAUGCUCUGUCUGUACUAUAAAAGGGAACUGAACUCCUACACGCAAUCAAUUAGAUUCGGUUGAUAGGAAAUAUAGAAACCGUCAUAAAGGAAAUGAGUUUAGGCUUUGAAGGUGUUUUAUGAUCCCUCACAACAUCUCUGCCAUGCAGUAUUGUCUCCAUUGAUCUGUAGUGGCAAUACAUGAGUUUAAAGAACAAGUAAAGCCACUAUAUUAAUGCACAUCAAUGCCUGUUCCUCUCUGGGAUGAGUAAUACAUAUAAGAAAAGUGGAGCGUUAGUUCUCAACUAAAGAUGUUCAUUGCGUGUCACUGCCCUGCAGCAGGUUGCAAAGUUAGGAAGGAGGAACUUCUCUAACUAAGCAGAUAGUGUUUGAGUGACAGUUUGGCAGGCUUGCCGUGCAGAAAUGCAGAGUGCGGAUUGGUGGAUUCAUACACGGGGCAGGGGCGGUAACAUCGAAGCAACUGUGCAAGGUGUGGGAGUAGCUUCUGUAAUGGAGUGGGAAGGUUACAUUUUACUUUGUAGAAGACAUGCAGUAAAGGGAUGUAGUUAUGUGACCGGCGGUCACAAAACCGACGCCUGCAUCCCACCCCCUCAAAAUGCCAACAGUCGGCAUGCCGACUAACAGGGACUAUUCCCACUCGUGGGUGUGCACGACACCCAUAGAGUGCGCCCGCCACCGAGCCCACAAAGGGCUUUGUUGCGCUCGCCACCCCCACGUCAUUCUAAACCCUGGGAUCCCGGUGUCGGUAUGGUGACCAGCAGGAUCCCAAACGCCGGUUACCUAUACCAAACCUGCAGUAAAUAAUAUAUUUUCUCUUCACGGCACAUAUUUCAAAUCUAAUGAUUUUUUGUUCACGUGAUUUUAAAUAAUAAUAGUAAUAACAAUGUACAACUGCAAGCCUUCCCAUUGCGUUCGUAUUUGUGUGACCCACACGAGGCAGCUCCGCCGCCACAACUUGUAUACUCCUUAUUGUUCCCUGUAUUUACACGUAACACCAGUCGCCCUUCCCUCUAAUACGCACAAGUUGUAUAGGUAGAACACAGUGAUGGCUGCAAAACUUGAUUAAACGUAUAAAUACCAUAAAUAGGUCUGAUGUCUUACUGUGGAGGCAAAAACGCUUCUGGUAUAGAACACACGGAAACUCAGCACAUUCUCCAAAGAAUAAAUGGGCUAAUUCAGACCUGAUCACUGCUGUGCUCUUAGCCCUGCGAUCGCCUCUGCCUGAUUGACAGGCAGAGGCGGCGGGCCGGCUGCAUUUGGCCGCUGUUUAGGGGGGCGGGCCGCGGCGACUGCAUUACAUCACACGCAGCCGCUGCGACCUGAGCAGCAACGAGUAGCUUGCUGCCAGUGCGCAGGAGCGCACUCUACCAGUACAAAAGCAUCACCGCUGUGCGAUGCUUUUGUACUUGUGCAACGGGGCAGGCACUGACUAGUCCUGUGCUGGGCGUCUCCCCGCAUGUCAGGGAAGCUGAUCGUAGAUGUGCUAAAUUUAGCACAUCUACGAUCAGGUCUGAAUCACCCCCAAAGUAAGCACAGAUUGCCUUUAAGGGGCAUAUUUAUAAAAAUAUGUGGUCUGCACCUAAAAAUGAAGAUUCCAUUAUCACCCCAAAUUGUGGAAAUAAGGAAUCUUUUUCAUUCAAUUUGAAUGACCAGGACACAGCUCUGAUAAGAGCCCGUCCUGGAGAUAAGGAAUAAUUAAAGCGAUCACAUCCUUGGUCACUAUACUUCUACCCACGUACCCACCCGCAGCUUCUGUGCAUGCACAGUUCUCCUGCUACACAGGCACAAUGCGGCAAAAGCCGCAAUGCCCUCCGGGACGUCCUGGAAAAGGAUCGCAAUAGUAAUGGUAAUUAGAUAAUGCCAUCUGAAGAUGGCGUUAGCCCACACAGGGAAUUCACUAUGUAUUGGUGACAUGAUAAGACAUUGGGCACUUUUGUUAAACACAGCGGGGUAAAUACAAUUUGGAGCAAUGGACAGGUGAUAGAGGUGAUUUGUCAUUGUGGUGUCAUGUAAACACCAUCAACGACUCCCAACAUUGUGCAUUUUAUUUUACAGCCUCAUAGGAGUGCAUAUUAAAGUGCACAAAUUAAGCCUACUGUAUAUAUGGGAUAUGUGUGCACUAUACAUCUCUCAUACAUCAGGCCAGAACAGAGCAAAGUUACAUGAUUCCUAUCCUAAUUGAAUUGGUCCCCAACUCAUCUAAGAAAACACUCUGCAGAGAAGCUUCUAUGUAACUCACACCGAGAAUGUUCGUCAUAGUAAUAUUCAAUUUCUGUUUUAGAGAGAUGCAUAAAAACUUACUUUGAUCUCUGCUGUAAUCAUAACAAUUAACAUAACUGCAGUUUAAUUUUUCAAAAUACAAUGUAACUUUAGUGUACAUAUACAAUAUUCUGCUUUUGGCAUCUGGCGUACAAUGGGGUCUUUUGGUUUAUGGAUCAUAGAACUUCUACUCAGGUUACCAGUUUAGGGGAACAAAAAUUAAAUCUGAAUUUUAGUACGUUGUGGACUGUGUUAAAUACAUAAUUUCCAAGGCGCCCACCCAUGGUGCAACUUGGACAGCCAAUUAGAUUGUUUUAGCCCCAUUGUUGGCAAACCAUAUGGGCACAGAAAAAUGGACAACGUCAAACAGAACAAUUGGAAGAUGCUGUCAGACAAUUGCUGUCUCAAAGGGUGUCAUUCCGAGUUGAUCGCUCGCUAGCUAUUUUUUGCAGCGCUGCGAUCAGGUCAAAACUCUGCAAAACUGUGCAUGCACCGGAAUACGCAGGCGCAUCAUGUGGGUACAAAGCGGAUCGGUGCGAUGGAUUUAACGAAGAAUACAUUCGCACAGCCGAUCACAAGGAGAUUGGCAGGAAGAAGGCGUUUAUGGGUGUCAACUGAACGUUUUCAGGGAGUGGUUGGAAAAACGCAGGCGUGUCCAAGCGUUUGCAGGGCGGGUGUCUGACGUCAAUUCCGGGACCAGACAGGCUGAAGUGAUCGCAGCGGCUAAGUAAGUUUAGAGCUACUCAGAAACUGCACAAACCUUUUUGGUACCGCUCGGCUGCACAAGCGUUCGCAUCCUUGCAAAGCAAAAAUACACUCCCCCAUAGAUGGCGACUAUCUGAUCGCAGCGCUGCAAAAAAAAGCGAGCAAUCAACUCAGAAUGACCCCCCCCCCCCCCCCAAUGUGCAUACAGUCACUAUCUAAUUGCACCGAUGUAGCUCCAUUACAUAUAGACUCAUUUCAGAAAGUGUGUAAACUAGUUUAGAUUCGGUGGGAAUAGAACAAACUCCUGUAAAUUUGCAACAAGAGAACCUUUAAGUAUUAGAUAAAUUGUAGCUUUUGAAAGAACAGCAAGCUCUCUACCCAAGGAAAGAACAACUUUUUUUCCAGUAACAUAGAUGUCCGUAAAAUGCCUAGCAAUUUUCUGCUGAUAUUGGCUGAGUGCAAUGGAAACAACAUAUAAAGAGUAAUAUGUUAUUUAUUAAAAAGGGAAGGGGGUGGGGGAAGGUAUAUAUACGUUAGUUCCGAAGAGAGCACCAGCAUGAAUAGAGUACUAUUCUCGUGCCAAACUAAUGAUACAGAUAUGGGGGCACGCACAGGAUUUUGGUAAAUAUACAAUAUUUAGGAACAUACUGGAAUUUCCACAGCUUGUUUAAUGAUCGUUGCCCCUUAAAGGUGCGGAAUGCCUGCUUAUUACAGAAUCUAUUCAAAUUCACUGGGAAAUUGAUAUUGUGAAGAGAAUCAGCCAUAUAACAUUUUUUUCUCAUUUUUGUUCUGAAGUUGUUGUCAUACAUCAGAAUUGUUGGGAAUACACAAAUAAAACCUUCAAAAGUGUACUUUUUUUGUCAAAAUGUACUGUAUAUGUAUAACAGGACUAGGUGACACAUAUAUAACACUUAAUGUCAGCACAUGAUUCAAUACCAAAAUAAAAUGUUAGCGGAACAGUGACAAUAUGUGUGCAGUGUAUUAUAUCACUAUGGUGACCUUCUUUGUCCUAACAAUUGUCAAUUAUAAUUCACUAAUAAAUGUAACAUCUCAGGUUCAUAACUUAUUAAUAAAAAGUUUUAUGUGCAUAA